UCUCUCUCUCUCUCUCCCGCUUCUGCGAGAUCCCAAUCUCAUUUUGCCAAUUCCACCCCCACUGUUUCCACCAAUUAUAAUUUCACCCCACCACCCUCAAAUUCCCAUUUUAUAGGGUUUCGAUAAGCUCACCAAUGGUUGAAAGCAACAUGGAGGACCUCCCUCUCCCAGCGCUCUUCGAACAAGCCCGUAAGAUGCAUUCAACUGCCACGGAGUCCGGCGCUGAUCAGGAGCUCGUGAAGAAGGGUUGCGAGGCUCUGGGGAAGUGCGAGGACAUGGUAAGCAAGCUGGGGUUGUUCUCGGCGAACGAGACAAAGGACGACAUCAGCACCACCAAUCUUAAAUAUGUCCUGGUAACAUUUUAUCUUGCUGAGUUGACUGAAAAAGUUGCACAAGAUGAUAGGAUACAGGUUCUUAAGGCUUCCCAGGCAAAAUUAAAGGAAUUUAUAUCGUUUUGUGAGGCAAUGGAACUUCUGCCAGAAGAAGAAUUAGAAACAUCCACACAUGGAGGUCCAAAUUCUUUUGCCGAUCAGAGGGCUCGCAAGAUUGCUCGAUUCAGACGUGAAAGAGCUGCAGAAGUGAAGUUGCUGGAUUUAAAGGAACGAAAGGAGCGGCGUGGGCGUUCUAGUAGAGCAGCUACAUUAUCUACUCCUGUCGAGGCAGGAGAAGAAGAUAUGCUGGAUGACGAUGGAGAGGAAGAACGAGAGGCCUGGCUUACCACCAUCUCCUUGGCAAUCUGCAAGGCUUUUGGUCUGCUUGAAAUGCUGAAGAAGGAGGAAGACAUGCUCUCUGCUAUAAAGGAAAAAAUGUCAAAGGAAGGAGAGGAGUUCUCUCGAGAUGUUCUUGAUGAUCGAACCAAAAGAGCAGAAGCUUGGCAUCGCGAUGCUGCAGUUCGAGCACGGUAUACUAUGCCAGCACAGCCUAUCACAUGUGCUACAUUUGCACAAGAUGUUUUAGAAGGGAGAGCAGAGGUUUCACAGGCACAUGACCACAAACACAAGCCGCUGAUAUUUGGACCAGCGAGUCUUGUGGGUGGAAGCCUAACGAGUGAAAGGCAAAGGAUGGCAGCUCAGGUUUUCCAACCUGCUCAUAGGUUGCCGACCAUGAGCAUUGAGGAAGCUGGUCUAACGGAGAUGGAGAUAAUGAACAAUUGGCAAGAGCGGAAUGUAAAACUUAUGGAGGAAGCCAAUUCUGCGUGGUACAAGGAUGAUAGGAAGCCGAGGCCAGGCGAAGAGGACGAUGAAGAUGAUGAUGCUGCCCAAGAGAAGGCAAGAGCUUGGGAUGACUGGAAAGAUGAGAAUCCUCGGGGUGCUGGCAAUAAAAAGCUAACCCCUUGUGGGUAAGUGUGCCAGGGUGGCUAUCCGUUAUGUAUCUUUUUCUCAGCUAAAUAAUACUGUUUUAUAAACAUUUUUCUAUUUUUUUGGCUGAUAGAUUUUGGAAUCAAAAAAUUUUGUAGCUGGUGUGGUCUCCCUUCUUGUUUUUUGUGUAUAAUAUCCCCAUUAUUAUCAGAAUAGAACUUUUCUAACUUCUGCAAGUUGUUGUUGGAGUGGCUUGCUGAUAUAAUGAAGUUGUUUGAGCAAUGCUAUACAGGAAUUUAAAACA